AUGAAUACCAUUGACUCCACAAAUGAAUUCAAGACGCUCUUGGCUGACUUGGAAUUAUUCCUGAAUACGUUACGCUCAUCGGAGAAAGUCGUGGACUCUUCAGUAAAGGGCCAACGUCGUGUUACUCACAAAAGGUAUAAAGUAACCACUUUGAGUGGGCCAGUGCACAUUGACAACUGGAAGUUUCCAGAAUUCGACUUUGCAAGAAAGUAUGACUCGAUGCCAUGUCAUGCUCGAGGCCUUUUUACCAUGCCUGAAGGGAUUGUGGUUCGUGGAUAUGACAAGUUUUUCAAUAUUGAUGAGCUACCUAUGGUCAAAAAGGAUGUAUUAGAGUCUGAAUUGACUGGUCCUUUCACUGCUGCUACAAAGGAAAAUGGCUGUAUUAUGUUUUUUGCUGGUUUGCAAGAUGGCACUUUGCUUGUAUGUUCGAAGAAUCUCACUGGAGACUUAGAGUCGGACCCCUCCACAUCUCAAAGAAAGCUCAAGCACUAUGAGCAGGGAAUGGUGGCUAUCCAAAAGCAACUCCAUGCUCUUGGAAAAGACACUACCGAUUUGGCUCGUGCUCUUUACGAUGAGGGCCUAACUGCCGUUGCUGAGCUCUGUGAUGACUCAUACGAGGAACAUGUCGUCGCAUAUCCCCCAGAAAUCGCCGGUUUUUAUUUGCAUGGACUCAAUCGCAAUACUAAAACCUUCCAAACUUUACAAAUGUCCGAAGUAGACGAUUUUGCUGAGAAGUGGGGGUUCAAGAAGGUUGAUUACACAACAUUUGACACAUUCCAAGGCGUGAUGGCCCACAUGACUGCAGCAGCUGACUCCGGGAAAUACAACGGUAGAGAAAUCGAAGGCUUUGUAAUAAGAUGCAAACGGGAUAGUAAGGAUUUCUUCUUCAAGUAUAAGUUCGAACAACCAUAUUACUUGUACAGACAAUUCCGCGAGGCCACUUUCAAGUUAUUUGCCGACCAGCCAAAACGAAACAUCCGUGAGGUUUUGGCUCUCUUCCCUAAAUUUAAGAGAGUUACUUUGGCUUACCUUGAGUUUGCACAGGCAUACUUCGCCGAAAACCCUUCGGCCAAGGACGAAUUUGCAAACAAUAUUGGAAUAAUAAAGCUACGAAAACUAUUUAUGGAGUCUUUGGGUUACAGAGAGGAUCAAGGUAUUGAACUUUUACGGGAAGAUUUAAACGAAACUUUAGCCACUAGACUUGAGCUGCUUCUAAGCAGCACAAGAACGGUCUAUUGUGUUUCGACAAUUGCCUUUCCAGGAUGUGGUAAGACAACCACUUGCAUGAUUUUGGCAAAUUUAUUCUCAAAUUGGACCCACAUUCAAAACGAUAACUUUCCGAACGCAAAAGCAUUCUAUACAGAAAUCAUCAACAGUUUUUUGGAAAAUGAUGUCGUUUUUGUUGACCGCAUGAACUACAGACUGAACUACAGGCACGAAUUGGUCUCAUCCAUCUCGCAGUACCGGGCAAGUUCAUUACCUGAUGUGGAAAUUAAACAUGUGGGUUUAAAUUUCAUGAGAUCAAAUGAUCAACUGAGGGCACUUGAAAUUGCUAAGGAAAGAAUCCUACUGAGAGGUGAUAAUCACCAAUCCGUUAAGGCUGCAACCUCUGAGGUCCAGGCUUUGGCCCUUCUCAGGGACACGGCUAAACAGUUCGAAAGACCCCAGCUUAAAUCUGAAGAAGAUGAGUUGCCUGUGGCCUGUCUGGGCUCUCAACUUAGAGGAUAUGAUUCUGCAUAUACCCUCCUCAUUAACUUGGAUGUGGACGACGAUCACCUGUCUUUGGUUAAUGCGCAGAUCAUUUAUGAACAAUUGAGAAUUCAUUUUCCUCAAUUGGCGAGUCAACCCGUUAUAGAGCAAAGUUGGACUGCCGCGUACGAACGGGCAAUGGCUUACAAACCGACUUUUGAGAAAAAGAAGUCUCUUCCAUCCCGUAAGCCAGCUUAUUAUGGAAUUCUGGUCGAGAGGCAGGCAUUAGUCUCGCAUUUGGACAAUGUCCUUUCAGAAUCGCCAACUUGGCAAGCAAUUUGCCAAAAAAAUCGAGUACAGGCACAGUUUCACAUAACAUUGGCACAUGAAUUCAGCUUGAAAGGAAGUCCAGAGAACCGUGAAAUUUGGACUUCUUUGGGUAGGUUUUUUGAGAUAGCAAAAACAAAAAAGACGGCUCGCCCUGGCGAACGAACACCGAUCAAAAUGUUCGCCGACUUGAAGAUUGAGAAGAUUGUUGUGAUCGAAAACACCCUCAUAGCCCUUAAAGCCUCACCAAUAAAGUAUUACAAGCCUGAAGAAGGAGAGCUUGUUCCAGUCCCUCAUUUGUUGCCUUACACCAACAAACAUCUUCACAUUACGAUUGGUACGUGCCAUCCAGCCAUCAAGCCAAUGGAAUCUAACACGUAUUUGUGUCAAUUAUUCGAUGAAGGUCCUGUUCGCGCUGGUGUACGCAAGCAUUCUAACUUCACUGCUCAUGUUUAUGAUUGGGAUGAAAUUAUGGAGAAGCAACAAUGCUUCAUUUUUUUUCAAUAG